CAUUAGGAUCCAUACAUUAUGUACACAGCUUAGUAGCUCAGCUUAAGGGGGCCGCUGGAGCUUGAAGAUAGAACGGAAAUGGUGUGUUUAGGAGGGAAAAUGGUGGGCCAGGUGGUGAAGUUUGGCGGGAACGGUUUCGGCCAGGUUCUGGCGGCUGCCGCAGUGGCUAUCUUGGUCCGAUUGUUUUCCGGUCCGGGCCCUGCUCUGUUACCGGAGGAUGAAUUUGCGGAUGAUGAGAAGAACGGCGUUCCCGGAGAUGAUAAAGCUGGUGAAGCUUCGGUCAAUGGGAAAGUUGUUCCGGUUACUAUCCGCUGGAACAACAUCACGUGUUCUUUCUCUGAUAAAUCCUCUAAACAAGUGCGGUUUCUGCUAAAAAAUGUGAGUGGAGAAGCAAAGCCUGGAAGAUUGCUUGCGAUAAUGGGGCCAUCAGGAUCAGGAAAAACGACUUUGCUCAAUGUUCUGGCGAGGCAGCUAAUGGCAUCACCUCGGCUGCAUUUAUCUGGUCUUUUGGAGGUCAAUGGGAUACCUAUUUCAAAUAUAGCUUACAAGUUUGCUUAUGUGAGACAGGAGGAUCUUCUCUUCUCGCAGCUGACAGUGAGGGAGACACUGUCCCUUGCUGCAGAACUUCAACUUCCAGAGAUAUCUUCGGUGGAGGAAAGAGAUGAGUUUGUGAACAAUUUGCUGUUCAAGCUAGGCCUAGUCAGCUGUGCUGAUUCCAUUGUUGGUGAUGCAAAAGUUCGUGGGAUAAGUGGUGGUGAAAAGAAACGAUUAUCGCUAGCAUGUGAACUUAUUGCCAGCCCAUCUGUCAUAUUUGCUGAUGAGCCCACAACAGGGCUUGAUGCUUUCCAGGCAGAGAGAGUGAUGGAAACUCUCCGACAACUUGCACAGGAUGGACAUACUGUAAUUUGUUCUAUUCACCAGCCCAGAGGUUCUGUGUACAGUAAAUUUGAUGACAUUGUUUUGCUAACAGAGGGUGCACUUGUUUAUGCUGGUCCUGCACAUGAUGAACCACUGGCAUACUUCACAAAGUUUGGGUAUCGUUGCUCAGAUCAUGUUAAUCCAGCUGAAUUUUUGGCUGAUCUCAUAUCUGUUGACUACAGUUCUGCUGAAAGUGUGUAUUCUUCCCGGAAAAGGAUAGAUGGCCUUGUUGAGUCAUUCUCAGAACAAUUAUCAACUGUGCUUUAUGCAACUCCCUUUGCCAGCAGGGAGAGCCCUAAGAAUGGCAAGAAGUUAAGCAAGAAAACUGUUGUAAAAAGGAAAGAGACUUGGUGGAGGCAGUUCUGGUUGCUCCUCAAACGUGCAUGGAUGCAAGCUUCUCGUGAUGGGCCAACAAACAAAGUUCGGGCAAGAAUGUCAAUUGCGUCAGCUAUAAUAUUUGGAUCAGUUUUCUGGAGAAUGGGAAGAUCUCAGACGUCAAUACAGGACAGGAUGGGAUUGCUCCAGGUUGCAGCAAUAAACACAGCAAUGGCUGCUCUCACGAAAACCGUGGGUGUGUUUCCCAAGGAACGUGCAAUUGUGGAUAGAGAGCGUGCAAAGGGAUCUUAUGCAUUAGGACCAUAUCUGCUUUCUAAAUUGAUAGCUGAGAUUCCUGUUGGAGCUGCAUUUCCAUUAAUGUUUGGUGCUGUAUUGUAUCCCAUGGCACGUCUCCAUCCCACUUUGUCUAGGUUUGGAAAGUUCUGUGGAAUUGUGACAGCAGAAUCAUUUGCUGCAUCUGCAAUGGGUCUAACUGUCGGAGCUAUGGCUCCAACCACUGAAGCAGCAAUGGCACUAGGACCUUCUCUUAUGACAGUUUUUAUUGUAUUUGGAGGGUAUUAUGUCAAUGCAGAUAAUACACCAAUCAUCUUCCGAUGGAUACCUAAUGUUUCUCUGAUAAGAUGGGCCUUUCAAGGGCUUUGUAUAAAUGAAUUUAGCGGACUUAAGUUUGAUCACCAGCAUUCAUUUGAUAUUGAAACUGGUGAACAGGCACUCGAGCGGCUCUCCUUUGGAGGAAGUCACAUUAAUGAUACUGUGAUAGCUCAAAGUAGAAUUUUGUUAUUUUGGUAUUGCACUACUUACCUUAUCCUCCAAAAAAACAAGCCCAAAUACCAACAGCUUGAGUCACUGCCUCUUGAACAAAUCCAACCACAGCUACAGCUUGAGCCCGUGGAACCUGACAAAGUCAAACAACUAAACCCUCCAAUGAAACAAGUCGAAUUGAACCAGCAGCUUGAAUCACCAGCUCUUGACCAAAUUCGACCAUUUAUCUUAGAAGGUGCUAAGUAAAGAUGUCUAUUGCAAUAAAGGAGGUCUCGUGCCUUUUCUGAGCUACUCUUAUAGAACAUGGCAACAAUAAGUUGAUUUAUGUAUAUCUGAAACUGAAGCAGCUUAGAAAUCUCUCUGUGGAAUAUCAAAUUAUGUCAUCUGCCAGUAUAAUUGAAUGUUGGCACUCUGGUAUUGUCCUCUAUUGCGCCAAAUCAUAUUCAAGCAUAUGCGCUCCCUGGGGUAAAGACAAUGACUUAGCAUGCAUAGAAAGACAUAAGAGCAUAACAGUGUGUAUUCUUUUACCCAGCAUGAGCAACCAUUUUCGUUGACGUCAGUCUGUUCUGCCAUUUUGAAUUUUUUAAUGCAUUGAUAGAACACCGACUCUUUUUGCAUUUAAAA